UUUGGAAUGUGCACAUUAACUCCAGGAUGUGAGCUUCCAAGGAAAAGCAAGAAAGCAGCUGUAGGAGGAGUCUUCAUGAAGAAAUCAUUGACUUUUAUAAGUAUAUGUCUCCCAGACCUGAAGAAGAGAGGAUGCGGAUGGAAGUGGUGACCAGAAUAGAAAAUGUUAUCAAAGAGCUCUGGCCUAAUGCAGAUGUGCAGAUAUUUGGAAGUUUUAAAACUGGUUUAUAUUUACCUACAAGUGAUAUUGAUUUAGUUGUAUUUGGAAAAUGGGAGACAUUACCUCUCUGGACCCUGGAAGAAGCUCUUAGAAAGCACAAUGUAGCAGAUGAAAACUCAGUAAAAGUUUUAGAUAAAGCAACUGUACCUAUUAUUAAACUGACAGAUUCUUUCACUGAAGUAAAAGUUGAUAUAAGCUUUAAUGUACAGAAUGGGGUUAAAGCAGCCCAGCUCAUCAAAGAUUUUAUCAAGAAAUAUCCUGUGUUACCAUUUCUAGUUUUAGUAUUGAAACAGUUCCUGUUGCAGAGGGACCUUAAUGAAGUAUUUACAGGUGGAAUUGGUUCUUAUAGUCUCUUUUUAAUGGCUGUCAGUUUCCUUCAGCUGCAUCCCAGGGAAGAUGCCUGUAUGCCCAAUGCCAACUAUGGUGUUCUUUUAAUAGAGUUUUUUGAAUUAUAUGGACGUCACUUCAAUUAUCUGAAGACUGGAAUCCGAAUAAAGGAUGGUGGCUCUUAUGUUGCCAAGGAUGAAGUGCAGAAAAGCAUGUUGGAUGGCUACAGACCAUCAAUGCUGUACAUUGAGGAUCCAUUACAGCCAGGUAAUGAUGUUGGGAGGAGUUCCUAUGGUGCCAUGCAAGUGAAGCAGGCUUUUGAUUAUGCCUAUGUUGUUCUGAGCCAUGCAGUUUCCCCCAUAGCUAAAUAUUAUCCUAACAACGAAACAGAAAGUAUAUUAGGGAGAAUAAUUAGAGUAACACAAGAAGUGGCCACCUACAGAGACUGGAUAUCCAAGCAGUGGGGAAUGCAAAGCAGAACAGAAUCUUCAUGUAAUGGUAAUGGAGUAACCUUGAUAGUAGAUACUCAGCAGCUGGACAAAUGCAACAAUAAUAUUUCUGAAGAGAAUGAAGCACUGGGAAAACCUAGAAAUAAAACCUCAGAAACACUUAGUAAACAUUCUUCAAAUUCUUCAUCAGGUCCUUUAUCAUCAUCAUCGUCCACACUGUCCAGCUCUAGUGAUGUAGAUUCUGAUGGAACACCUUGCAAAACCUCUAAACAGUUGAGUUGUCGUCAGUCUACCACAAACAGAGUGGGGUCACAAGAAGUGUCACUGGAAUCCUCCCAGUCAAGUGGGAAAACACAAAAUAGCCAAACAGCCAAUACAUCCAGCAACACGAACAAAUCUCAGCAUGGAUCUGCACGGUUAUUUCGCUCGUCCAACAAAGGCUUCCAAGGUCCAACCAACUCAAGCCAUGGUACCUCAGUCACAAACAAACAGCACCAAGGCAGCAAAUCACACCAUCAGUUUUUCCACGGCAAAAAGAGGAAACACAAGAGGGAUGCAGCCCUGUCAGACCUUUGUAGAUAGUUGCCUACUUUAUGACUGUUCUUCUGUGUGCAAUGAUCUCAUGCUACAG